AUGAAUGCUUCUUCGUAUUGGAUUUCAGCUAAGCUUUUUCUUGUUUCUUCAAUUGCUGAUAGAGUACUAGAGAAGGAGAAUUUUGGAUGGGAUGUUCAUGGUUUCCAAGGUGAUAUAAGGAUGGAAGUAAAGAAGGGUCCAUGGAGCGAAGAAGAUGAUCAGAAACUCAUCGACUACGUAAAUAAGCACGGCCAUGGUAAUUGGCAUAAGCUUCCAAAGGAAGCAGGUUUAUUGAGAUGUGGGAAGAGUUGCAGACUUCGUUGGGCCAACUAUUUGCGACCUGAUAUAAAGCGGGGAAGUUUCUCUUCUGAAGAAGACCAAAUAAUACAGUUCCACCACCAUGCAAGGCUCGGAAACAAGUGGUCCGAAAUAGAAAAGCAAUUGCCAGGGCGGACCGAUAAUGACAUAAAGAACCACUGGAACACCCAUCUGAAGAAAAGGCUCAAAGACACCAAUGGAUCAUUUGCAUCUCCAUUAUCUUCGUACUUUUCCCUGCUGGAGUUUGAAGCAAGAAUAGGCAGAAAUUUGAUGAACCUAUAUGCCAGAGGAAGUAUUCACUUGGAUCUUAAAUUACCAAGUUCUGCAUAUCAAUCUAUUUGGAUGGUACCAAGUUCUAUUGCAUCUAAUUCUAUGUUUCAAGAACAACAAGUGCUGAACUCAUAUAAUUCUCAAUGUUUGGAUAAGCAUUCCAUAGGAGAAGAUCAAUUCAUCCCAUGUUCAACAAACAUCAGCGCUCAAAUGCUUGAUCGGAGCAGUAAUUUUAGCUUUCUGUCAACAGAAGUUAAUUGUGGGGAUUCUUUAUUUCCAUCAAGUACAUAUAAUCGACAUGGUGAAGCACAAUCGCCAUCAAUUUCACAAGAGCUCUGCCUCAAUUUUACAGAAUUUAUAGACAGAUUGGAUGAAAUGUUUGAAUCUCUACAAUUUAGAGAUUUCAUUAAUACAGAAGAUGAAGAAGGGUAUUGGCAAAAUAUGCCAAAAUUAUAG